AUGGAUUCAGUAGAAUCUGAGAAAACCGGGUUACAAGAAGAGGCCACUAGGGCAAACUUUAAAUUACUUCACGGUGAUAAAUAUUGUGGGGAGCUCGAAGAUGACCCAGAGAGGCUAAGGGAAGAGAUGAUGGAAUCAGCCUUACAACACCAGUUACAGAUUAUGCAUGACGAGGAAGCACUGGGCAAGAUCAGAUCUGAGCUCUCAGUACUUCAGGAAGAAUUAGAGCUUUCAAAAUCACGAGGUGCAGAACGAGAACAUGAAAUUGUUUCCAAGGCAGUUAUUAUUCAAGAACUUAAUCAAGAACUUGACCAGCAUAAGGCUUCCUAUGCACAUCUAAGAGAGGAUCUACUUUCCUUGGAAAGUUUAGUUUCGGUCUUGAAAGAAGAACUCCUAGCCAAAGAUGAUAACCUAGAAGAAACUUUGUUAAAGCUUCAACAAGAGACACGAAGAAGGGAAACCAUUGAAGAAAGCCUCAGAACUCAUGAGCUCCAGAUAUUGGGUCUGCAUGAUGAAUUAUACAGGGAAAAUGAGGUGAAAAGUGCUCUGGAAAUAACCGUGGGAGUACUAAAUAAUCACUUGCAUCAGCUCAAAGAGUUUUGUGUAGAUCUCGAGAAUAAGUUGAAUGUCUCUGAGCAGAAUCUGAGCAGAUAUGACUCACUUCUGUCACAGGCGUUGUCACACAACUCUGAACUCGAACAGAAGCUGAAAUCUUUGUACGUCUUCCAUAAUGAACCCGCUACUUUUGUUCAUACUUCUUUCAUGAAGAAAAUACAGCUUGAAGAAACCAAAGAUGUACAGGGAGAAAAAGAAAUAAAGCUGAUGCUUCUACAGCAGGGAAAUUUGGGGAUCGAGGAGAAUCUGACCCAGGAAAACUCUAAGCUCAGUGAAUCGGAUAGAGAGAAAAGUGAAGACAGGAGGAGGGCAGUAGAGGUUACCGGACUGUUGAAAACUUGUGAGGAAAAAACGGGGAUGUCGGCGUCCCAUUUCCAAGAGUACGAGAAUGAAGUCAACAAACUGGAAUUUUCCUUGGAAACGUCCUUGUCAAGGUAUUAGGAGCUUGAAAUCGAGAGAAAGGAACUUGAAGAAAAGUGUACUGAACUGGAAAACUGGGUUUCUUUGUCCCACGAGCAUAACCAAGAACUACAAAAACUUGUUCAAGAAUCUCAUUCCAAAGCGGAGGAUUCUGGAAAAAAGGUGGGAGAAUUACAGCUCCAACUGGAAAUCACAAGGUGUCAGGUUCGUGAACUCGAAGAACAGUUGAGUAUUGCGGAAGGGAAACUUAAGAAUGCCUUUGCAGAAAUAAGGCAGUAUAAUAGCCAUGUGUCUGAGCUUUCUUCAGAGCUCGAAGCCUUCCACGUAAAAUCAUCCAGCCUAGAAAUGGCGCUUCAAGCUGCAAAUGACACUGAAAGAGAUUUGACAGAAAUGUUGAGUAGAGUCACCGAAGAAAAGAACAGAAUUGAAGACGCCUUCAAGAUAUCUGGGCGAAAGCUCUUAGAAGCGGAAAGCUUGAUCGAGAUUCUGCAACUUGAGUUGAAGUCCUCCAUGGAAAAACUUCAAAAUGUUGAUAGAGAUCUCGAGAAUUCAGGGGAUAGGGAAAGAGAAAUAUUAGAAAAAAGUAAAACUGCUGUGGAGAUGCUAUAUCACCAGGGAGGAGCGGUGGAUAAAGCUUCUGCGCAAAACCUAGAUUUAGUGUCAUAUGAUGCCUCAGAUAAUAAUCUUGAAGAGAAACUCCGAGAAGAAAUGCUAAAGUUUACUGAGAAACAUAUUGAAGCUCGACAGUCGCUGGAAAACUUGAAGUCUGUAGAAGAACAGGCAGUUGUUUACAGGGAAGGGGGGGGUGCAACAACAGAAAAUCUGGCUGCGCCGAAGGUCCAACUGGAUGAAAGGUCAUGCAAAUUAACAUCGCUUGAGAAAACAGACGGAUUCAGAAAAAAUCACGAGAUCACUGAAGGGAUAGCUGAGAAGUCAUUUUCAGCGUAUGAACGUUCAUCUGAGGUAAACAGGUUAAAGGGGGAAGUGGCAGCAUGUCAGUAUAAAGUUGACCAGUAUAAUGAUAUUGGGCUCUCUGUUAACACAGAAAAGGAAUCGUCUGUCAAGGAAUUGGAGAGAUCAACACUGAUAUACUCUGACGUCAAAGAAUCGACUGAGGAGCUUAACUAUCUUCAAAAUCAGAUGCAGUCUCAUGAAAAAAAUAUUUGUGAAGACCCUGCUGCUGCAGAAUUUCAGAAGGCAGAGUUUGAUGGCUCUCUGUCAAGACUGAGGACUCUUGAGGGGAUGCUAAAGGAAACGCAAAGCAAAUGGAUUCAAUUGGAGUGCGAUAAUGAUGCUUUAACUGGAGAAAACUUGAAGCUCACACUUGAUGUUACUUUAUUUGAAACAAAACUUAAUGAUCUACAAUCAGCAUUGAACACAGUCUUGGCAGAAAGUGAGCAGGCAUGUAGAGAACUUCAAUGUUCGAGGAAAACCAACGAAGAUCUGAGACAAAGGCUUGCUUCCGAAGGCGAGAGAUUGCAGUUUCAAGUUAGUUUCUUAUAACUUUAUACAUUCAUAUUUAUGGUCCCCUCGAAGAAUCUUGAUUCGUUUUUGAUUAAGAACGAGGGGGAUAAACCAUUGCUGCUCUAUCAUUUGUAUCGAUGAUAUCUAGCAUGAUUUAAUCAUCAAAUAGAAAGGGAACGUCUUGGGCUGAAUACAAGUUCCCUUUUGUCAGAUUUCGUCUUUGGUUGAAGAGAACAGUCUGCUCAAUCAACGUCAUGAGGUGGCAAAUAAACGACUGCGAGAAGUAAUGGCUCAAAUGGAUGAAAAACGAAAUGAACAGAGAGAAAGAGAGUAUUCGCCAAACGAUAAUGUGGAAACUCUGACGGUGAAACCAGAGAUGGAAGCUCGAACUGCAGAACUUGAAUGGCAGCUAUUGUCAUCCGAGACUCCAUUAAAGAAAGAGGUAUUAAAAACUCUUUUAUACUUACUGGUUUUAGGGAUAAGAUUUUCCACAUAGCAUACUAUUUAAAAUUCUGAAUCUGUACUCGACUUGUUUUGCUUGAAUGCAUGGCAUAUCUUCAUUUCAGGUUGAGAGUAUGAGGGCAUUAUUGGGUGAAAAGGAGGCUGCAAUUGCGCACAUACUGGAGGAAAAAAAGCGUCUAGCAGAGGAAAUGGUGCAAUUGAGGAGCGAGAUUAAUCUUCAACAUAAAAAAUUCGCAGAGAAGGUAUCUCCUCGCUUAUUUUAAAUAUUUUCUUGUCCAUGUGUCAUUAUGAAGCAUGCUCGUAUGAUUUUCUUUAUAGUUCCCAUGUGUCACUAUAUUCUACAAGAUUGAUGACUGACAAAGAGCAACAUGGCAGAUCCUUCUGCUCUCAUCAGACCAUAUUACCAACAUUUUUGAUAAAUUUAGCCUGCCUUGUAGAUUAAUUUUUUUUUAUCUCAGACAAGUGCACGAGUGAUCUUCAAUGAAAAAAGGAGAUACCUUGUGAAUGCCAAUGACAUUUUAGAGAAUGAGUCGUUCUCAAUCUCAAACAAAUUAGCAAGUACCAAUAGGAGGGUUAAAAUCUAUCGGAUGGUUGAUUAAUUUAAGAAGAGGCCAUCUCAAAUGGAAAAUUUUCAUCAAUUUUAAGGGGUUCUAAUCCUGGGUGUAAAAUAAAAUGUUUAAAUAGUGGCAGUGAAAUUUUAAACUUACCUUUAUAUACUGUACUUCUCUGUUCUCCCGCUGGAUUUUAUUGCUUUUUUUCUGUCAGGUUGAAAGCAACUGAACUAGAAAUCCCCUUCUCUUUAAGAAGAUUAAAAGACAUGCACAUAAAAAACAUAUGGGUGCAUCCAUGAACUUUUUCUAAAUAGCCUCGCAUAAAAUGUGGCGAUUUAAACUUAGGAUUAAUUUCUUUUGGAAUUAUUCUACUUACAGUCGAUUCAUUCUGAGUUGGAUGACCUAACCGCUCUAUAUAAUAUCCAACCUCCAGGCUGUCCUGAGUUCCCAGCCUCUUUCCAUUUUUUGUAUAACCUAAGCUUACCAAAAGUUAUAAUUUUGUAUUGGCUCAAAUUGACUGAGAUAAACAAGUCACGUGGUUUUCCUUUUUUUUAAAAGCUUCAUUAAUUUAUUUAUUUUUAAAAAUUAUAUCAUAAAUUAGUGUACGCCAUUAGGCCUCAGAAAAUGAUUAUCUCUAGCUGCAACAUGCUUGUCACUUAGAGAUUUUUCUGCCCCAAGGCUAGUACAAAAUAACAUUUAGACAGUCUUGGGUUACUACAACUAGAACAACGUGGUUUUCCUUCUUCUCUCGUUGCCAAUGAUCUCUUCACUAACGAUCUAGAGAUAUGGACAAAAAGAGCAUUUUCAUCCAGGACAGUAAAGAGGGUUCUUCUAAUCCUCUUCCGAAAUUCGGAUGGCUUCCCUCUAUGUACAGCGCAAGGGAGAGGUAGCUGAAUCUCAGUCAAAAGACGAGGUAGAGCCCAAAUCCAGAGACUUAUCGCCAGCUGCAGGAACAGCAUCCGAAAUAUAUGAAGAUAAGAGAAGCAAGGGGGCACUUCAGCCAUCUGAGGCUGAAGAGCCCCCUGCCGCCAUGGCCUUCAAGUUCCUCCUGGGGGUGGCUCUGGCUUCCAUCAUCCUCGGCAUUAUCCUCGGGAAGAGAUUCUAG